AUGUUCUACGCUACCAUACUUCCACUCGUUUCACUGCUCUUCCCAUAUGUGGGAGCUCAGUACGGUGGUUACAAUCCAUGGAACUCAUAUGGUCCAAGCUACAAUCCAGCUCCACAGAUCCCUUAUCGGUACAAUGGCUACAAUCGAUGGAAUCCACUUGGUUCUAACUUCAACCCGGUCCCACAAAGCACUUUUCAAGGUGGCGUGUUCAGUCCCGACUGGGGAAAGAAACUACAAGAGAAGAUAGAGCAACAAAUCAAGAACAGCCUGAAACAUUCCGGCAACGGAAAUGACAAUAAUGGCAACAUAUCAAUCAAUAACAAUGGUGGCAAUAUAGAAAUCAAUACAGAAAAUGGUCAGACAGUAGUGAAAGCGACGAUUGGCGGAAAACUGUACAUGGCCACGUUCCAAGGGACCAACAACUCGAUCUCCACCUCCGCGAACACCAACUAUAGUAAUGGGCAGCUUGAACAUAUAUUCAAGAUCACUGUAAACAACGAAACUUACAUCUACACAACAAUCAACGGCCAGACUACUGUCACCGACGGCCAGGGGCAGCCAGAAGUUGAGGUAGUACAGGUUCCAGUUCCAGUCCCAGUACCUAGUCCUGUGGCGGUUCCGGUACCCACUCUAUCAUUGGCUGCCGAACCCAGCUCAGGUUCAUUUUCGAGUGCUGCAUCCAGUCCGGCAAUGGCAGCUGUACCAAGCCCCGAGCUGAUGGCAAUUCCGCCGGAACCUAUACUAGCUAUGACACCCGGUGGUCCUGGAACGGUCAUCAGUACAAAAGACGGGAAUACUUUAGUUACUGCCACAAUUGGUGGGAAACGUUAUACUGCCCAAUUUCCUGGUGAAACCAAUUCGAUCUCCACCUCUUCAUCAAUGGAGGAUGUCAAUGGAAGAUCCGCAUCAGUAUUUACAAUAACAGUCAACGGCAAAACAUACAUCUACAAGACGGUAGACGGUAAUACAACUGCCACUGAUGGUCAAGGGAAUACCCUCAGCAAUGGAGGUCCAUUUGGUGUUAUUUCCGGUUAG